UUUAAUUAUAGUGCGUUACUUCACAAGGUUCCGUCAACCGCGGUUGGAUUGUUAGCCGUCGUCUGUAGGCAGUUCCAAGUGGAGGUUGUAUCUGUCGUAAAGGUUUCGAAAGUUAAUAUAGGCUGUUUAGCUACCCGUGUUUACGAUUGAGGGCUGAUUUUGUCAUUUGAUGGUGCGAAUAACAUCGUUGAAGCUUCUUCAUGUUCAAUCACUUCUUUGCAUAUUUUAUAUUUCAUCCUUUAUUUUCGGGUUGUUCGUCCCUUUGGUGGUAGAUUUACUGUCUCUUCCUUUUUCGAGUAUACAUGACAUUUACAGGCUUUUCACUUUCCACUUAGUGACAGAUGAGAUUUGUGUUUUCAUUUUUACAAUUCUGGCCAUUUUUAUUUAUGCAAAGCUUGUAUUUCAUGUAUGGAGCAGAACUGAAAUACUUUUCUUCUAUUGGUUCGUAAAUACAAGUGCCGGAAUACUUGCGAUUUUCCCAGAGAUUUUCUUUGGUAAUAACAUUUUUGUCAAACGUAUCAAUGGGAAUUCUGCAUUUUUGUCUUCUGUACUCGUAGUUCUUAUCCAACUAAGUAUGAAUCAAUCACUUGUAAAGAUCAGGGGUUUUGACUUUAAAUCUCAAUAUGGUCUCCCCGCUGUGUCGAUUACAUUUUUGUGUUUGUGGACAGUAGGGUUUAUCAGGCUCUCUUCUGGUAUUUUGUUUUGUUAUGGGAUCCUGUGUAGUUGGUGCUACCUUCGCUUUCUGCAACGUCAUCCUCAAGGAAGGAGAGGCGAUUAUCGUCCAGUAUUCGCGUUCGCUAGUUGGUUGUCCUCCGGUGAAAUUAGUGUCACUAUACCCGCAUACAUUUCUGCCAAGUUAACGUACCGAUCAUUAUGCGGUUUGCUAAGCUUGUUAGUGUUAAUCUUUCUAUGUAUGUGUGGGUUGAAACUUUGUUUUCAUCUGCCGAAUCUGACAUUCAGAAUGAUUAGUCAUUUUCUAAUUUAAUGUGUUUACCUGCUCAAAAAUUGAUUUUCACUUGCCCCCAUAGUUUUAUUUUGGCAAUAUCUUUUAUUUCAAUCAUUCACUAUCCGAGUACAUUUCAGAAGUCAUCAUAAGGUAUUCAUUAUUUUUAUUCAUAUAAAGAACGACUUCUGGUACUUUAGGACACUUGUAAGAAAUACACCAUAAAUGAUAUUGUAAAAAGUAAAUGAAAGAAGGGUAGUACAAUCAAUAAUAAUAGUAUUCACUCAGUCAUAAAUUUUAGUUAGAAUUCAACCAAGAAGAACUUCCAAUUCAUAAUAGUGAUAUCAAUUUUAUGAAAGUAAUAAAAAACAAUGACAGGGUCACCAUCGGUUUCUAUCUUAAAAUAUGUUUAAUAACAUCUCAAUUUAUCAAGCUAUUUUAAUGUUAGUUGCUGAAAUUCUGGAGGUACAAUUUUAUGUUAAUCUCUUUCAUAAACUCAACACCAAUCCGUUGUGAAAUUAUUUGUACAAAUCUAGACGGAAGUUUCCACACAACAAAUUCUCACUUUUUUCAGUUUAUUAGCAAACUGAACUAUCUUGUUCAUAUAAUGUGGAAAUGCUAAGACGUGUAAUUCUGUUACUGUAUUUAUUCUUCCAGUGAAUAUUUCGGCUUGGUCGGUAUAUUUACGAUGUUUGUUUUAAAAUGAGCAUAGUUUUGGCUGUUUACUUUCUCAUUGAGAAUUUAUGACUUUAAAAAGGUGACUGCUAAACUUCAUAUCUAUAUAUUGCUUAUCAUUUCAACAUUAAUACAAUGGACAAUUUUGUUUAUUUCUUAGACUCUUCCCCGAACCAAUAGACAAAGUAGUCUCGAUUCCUUCCAACGUUUUUUAUCAACUUCUACUUCGAACCAAGUUUUGUCCUGGACUAAAAAGAGAAAGUGAAGUUACUGUAGAACCUUUACUGACCCUCGGCCCACAUGGAAUGAUAUCUUCUGAUCCAGAACGGCAUCGGCGCAUUGCUCUGAAGGCUCUAAAUGAACGCUUCGCGAAAGCUGGUGUUUCUUCAAGGACACCAAAUGAAGUCAUCGAAUGGCCAAGCCUGAUCGAUCCUGAUGACACACAAAAGGCGGAUAACAACAAGUCAGAUGAAUCUAGUGUGAUCAUCGAGUUGCCAGCUAUUACGAAUCCUUCAAGUACUGAUACUUUAAACACAUUAAACUCAUCUAAUGUGUGAAUCUUGAGCUAAGGAGAUAGUUUUUAUACAAUUUAUGUGUGAGAUCCUAGGUUUUGUACCGUAGUUUUGACUUAUUUUGUUCACUUUAUUCAUCCAAUAACUUCUUUACACUUGGUUUUUUAUAUUGUAAGUUCUGUUUGCUUAAACAUAAAGUCAUGUAUUUUGUUACUA